AUGCCCACCUCAACGCUCCCUUCGAACGCCAAGCUCGUCAACAUUGGCACUCACUCCCUCGCCCUUUACACCCACGGCCCAGAGCCCAGCAGCUCCGAAGACCCUGUCGUCUUAUUUAUCUCAGGCGUGGCAAGCUCCAGCCUCAACUGGGCCGCGAUAGUGCGGCUGCUCCCUCCCUCGCUGCGAAGCUACUCGUACGACCGUUCCGGGUACCGCAACUCCGAGCUCUCGCCGCUCGCGCCCACAGCCGAAAAUAUUGCUCUGGAGCUCUCCCUUCUCAUAAAGAAAGCUUCCAUUCCCAAUCCACUGAUUAUUGUGGGGCACUCAUGGGCCGGGGUGCUCAUAAACGAGUUCAUCGCGCUUACGGGAAACGGCCCGCACAUUGCGGGCCUGGUGCUCGUCGACGCUAACCACGAGACCGCGCCACAGGUUCUGAAUAUAAAUGACCCUGUUCUGCAUGCUAUUGCAGAGGGUGUCGAUUUCUAUUCUGCCACGGGUAUCGAGGCGGAGCAUAGCCUCACACAGGAAGAGUGGGAUGCGUUUAGGAGCGACCAAUCAACGGCGAAGUCCCAGCUGAUUGGGAGGAAGGAGGAUAUUGAGUACGCACCCAGUUUUGAGACACUGCGGAAGAAGGAGCUGGGUAAGCAGCAGCCGAUUGUUGGAGAUAAGCCGGCCUAUGUCAUUGGGGGUAUGCGGAGUAGGGAUUGGAGUGGGCUGUAUAAGGCGGGCGUUGAGAGAGGGAAUGGAACCGAGGAGCAAAGGAACUAUGUUAGGGAGUGGAUCAGGACGGCUGAUGGCAAGAGCGAGAGUCUUAUGAAGGAACAUCUAAAACUCUCCACCAAGAGUAAGCUUGUAUUUGCCCGCGAGAGUGGACACUUUGUCCAGUUAACUCAGCCGGAUAUUGUUGUUGAUGGUGUGACAUGGGUCCUAGAUAACUUUUCAACCUCUUUCUAA